AUGCCUUCUUCGCCCGCUCGCCGCCAGGAACAACGUUUACAAAGUCACGAAAACGGAGCUCGGUUCCGGCCAAACCCGUUUCUGGCGUAUCGCCAAGCGAUUGCCGCCAUGACCCCCGGGCCGGCAGACCAGCAAACAAUAUCGAUAAGGGCCGCCGAGAUGUGGCACGCCGCCUCCAACGAAGAGCGAGCCCUUUAUGACGUUCAUGCAGAGUUUAGAGCGGAGAUUCUAAACUCUUCCUACCACUGCCCACAAAAUCUGGGUAAAAACAGUGGGCUGGUAAUGCUGACGGAGUGGCAGGGAGACAAUUUCUUCAUGGUGAAGAUUCUGCCCAGACAGGAAGAAAGCGGCUCGUCGGGCAAUGGGCAAUAA